AUGGAAGAGCUGAAAUUUCCGGUUCUAAAGGAGAUAGUUGCAAUGGCAAUAAAAAAUAGAAAAAGAAAACCUCAUGGAUUUCGAUGGACAUCCAAGUACAAAAUUGCUUGUUUAGCCAUUUAUAAGCGCUCACCCAAAAUCUACAGGUAUUUACAGCACCUGCUGCCUUUACCCACUGCAAAAACACUACAAACUAUUUUGAAAAAAAUUCCCAUGGAACCUGGUAUUAAUAAGCAAGUUUUGGAACACUUGCACAAAAUAUCAAAACAAAAACAAAAAUUAGACAAAUGUUGCUGCUUGCUGUUUGACGAAAUAGCAUUGAAACCAAAAUUGAAUUUUAAUGCGGCGACUGACCAAGUUGAAGGUUACAUAGACCUAGGCAAUUCUGAGCGUUCCAGUUCUUUGAAACAAGUUCAGUUUUCUAAAACACAAUAUCAUCAAACAAAUUGGCCACCU